AUGUUUGGCGUUGACCAGCACACUAAGGACGAUGUACACGGUCUUUUGGAAUACCUAACACAGAAUCUUCCAGUCAUGAACAAGCAUGGUCCCAUGAGUGGUAAAUGUAUUUCAGAAACUGAUCAGAUGGAAAAUUUUCUUAAGAGAAAUUUUGGUUUUCGUAAUAUUGAUGGCCAAUAUAUCGUAUCUGGUGUACGAGCGUUUGACUUAUCGAAACCUAUUUCACGGUUAGAUCCCAAUAGAAGAAUCUAUUUUCCUCAUGAUCAGUAUCACAGUCCAUUUAUCAUGACUGUAGCCGAAAUUCUAAAGUGGCAAAAAUCUUAUGUUGUGUAUGCUGAUCGAAAUGUUCGAGGAAUGGAUCAAGAAUUUCUUCAUCAUGCUCUUCAGGGAAUAAGUGAAAAUGGCAGUGAAGCUUUUCGUAUGAAGUUCGUCGUUCGCAUUUCUGAUUGCCCCAUCCUGAUGAAAUUCGAUGCAAAGAUAUUAACGCGUUCCCUUGAUGACGACUGGCCAAACCGGAUUAAACUAGUUUCGGUGACAGGUAUUGACUUUGCCGGACGAGAACACGACGUCGAUGAUAUUACAACUUAUAUCAGAAAUUGGCAGCAAGUUUUCGAACUCGAUCUGAGAACAGGCAGGCCAAAAGUGUUCCAUGGAAGAGACUUUUAUCCAGUACGGUAUCAUCCAGAGGUUCAACUAGAGGAAAACCGCGUGUUUAAUGAUCUUAUGAGAAUGGCAACAAUACGAUUAUAUGCAUGUGACAUGGAAGGGGUACAAAUCGUUGUGGAGACAGGUAUUGGCCUUGGUGUAUUCGCUGGGAAGCAUCUUGGAAUCGAUGGUCGAAUUCGAAAACUAUCUGCCAUUGCCAUUCGAGAAGUACUUCAAAAGAAUGGAGCCGCGUACCGAAAGAUUCGCGCUGUUGUCUUCGCUCUACCUAAUUUUGCAAAAGAACGGGAUGGUCGUCAACUUCCAGGUAUAUAUGAUGAUUUUGUUCAUGAAUUUACUAAGAGUAACUAUUCUGGACCUAUACCUGUCCUUAUCGCUGAUCAUGAUAUGCAUGAAUUGACUGUAGCCAUCGCUCUUCAAGGAUUUCGUGUUUCACAACUCAACCCGGCAGAUUCACAUGGCGUGUUUGGUGAAUAUUGGCAAAAUCAUGGGCCAGCAGUCGAAGAGAAACUCGCUUUAACCACGCUUGGUCUACUGGUUCAACACCAUCUCAUCAAUGAUAAUGUUCUCGAUCGAAGUAGAUAUAAGAUAAUAUAA